AAAAAGAAGAUGGAGAGUUGCGGCUUUGCACCGACUACAGGGAGUUGAAUGCCAUCUCCGCCACAAAUGCUUACCCCAUGCUGUUAAUCAAAGAUCUCUUAGCUGAAGUAGCUAAGGGAAAUAUCUUCUCCAAGCUUGAUCUAUGGGACACUUACUUUCGGGUGUGCAUACGGGAGGGGGAUGAAUUCAAGACCGCUUUCAAUACCCCUUUGGACCAGUUUGAAUACCUGGUGAUGCCAUUUGGUCUCCAUGGCGCUCCGGGAGUCUUCAUGAAUUUAAUAAAUGAGGUGUUGUAUAAGCACUUGUUUAAGAGGGUACUGGUCUGCUUAGACAACAUCUUGCUGUACUCCCUCGACAAAUCCUCUCAUGUGCAGUUG